AUGAAAACCACAACAAUUACCAACGAACAACAGAUGAAAGCCAUUGCCUCUAAGGUGAAAGUACCUCUUUCUAGUACGAUAUCAUCAUCAGAAAAGUCUUGCAAAGAACCUCCACGUGAUCAUGAUGAAAAAGAAAUGGAGCUAUCAGACUCUACACUCACGGAUGUGUUGGAGGAUCAAGGUAGUAGCUGUCCUUCCUCCGAUACGAUUGCUAUUUUGCAUGGAAGCGAUCAAGAUUUUUCAAUUACUCAUUCAAAAGUGUUUAUAGGAAGAGAUCCAGUCCAUUGUCAUAUUUGUUUAGGCAAUGAUUCAGGUGUUUCCUUUAUGCAUGCUCAGUUAGAGUUUUUAAUGAAUGAAAAUAAUUCAUCAAAUACAAGGAUUUGUGUUUUGCGAGAUCUGGCCUCAAAGAAUGGGGUGUUUGUAAACUCAGUGCGUUUAACUACCUCGAGUUCUAUUGUAAAUUCUGGUGACGAAAUCAGAAUUGGACAUCAAGUAUUCAAAUUGGAAAUAAUUAUGGAGUCUUUGAAAAGGGAGACCACUGACAACGAAAAAAUUUCCAAUGAGGUUACUGAUGCUCAAUUGCUCAAAGAGCAAGCAAUAUUUGAAGCUGAAUUCGAAAGCAAGGAGAGCAUCUCGUCGACCAUGAAGGACGAUGGUUCGAUUUCUUCGGAUUACUAUACACAUGCCCUUAUAGACGAUGACAUUAGAAAACAUGGUCAAUUUAAGGAACAACUGUACGACCAGAUCAUUCGGCUUUCCCAAGAUCUUUCUAAGAAGGUGCAACUUUUAUUAUCGUGUUGUGACACCCCUUUUGAGAAAAAUAGCACUCCGUUUAAUGUUUUGAGCCAACUGAACGAUUUGCAGGAAGAUAUUGAACUCGUUAUGUCAGACACUGUAUUCCAGCGUAGAAAGGAUGUUGCAAGCAAAGAAUUGAGAUUGUAUGCCAACAAUUUGGAAAGAAAAUUGCUUCAGUUUAAGAAGGAAUCGAACGCCAAUGAGAAUCGAUACAAACAUCAAAAAAAACUCUCUCAACAACUUCAAUUUGAUAAGGAACAAGCGGUACAGAAACUCUCGCUUAACUUGCAUUCGUGUCAAGACGAGUGUCAAUCUCUUAAAAAGAAACUAUCAAAAGAAAAAGACAUUCAUGAAUCCAUGAGAAACGAGAUGGAUAUUUUAAAGUAUAGAUUGACAUGCUCAGAGCAAGAAACUCAACAACUUCGAAAGUCGAACUCCAUGCUUAGAGACCAGUUGUUAAAAGGUCAAGUAUACUCGGACUACUUGCAUCAAGAGAUAGUUCAGGACAUGUCGAACCAAGUGAAUAACGUCAUUCGUCAAACAAGGGAAUCUCGAAGUUUUGAAGCUCCUGGUGUGAAUCAAGAAUUUGAAUGCACAGAACUAAUGUGCCCUCUCAGUGAAACCAUUAACGGCACAGGAAUCGUAGAGCAACAUCAUAAAUUGACAGAUUGA